AUGUCUAAGAUUAUCGCCGUCCAUGGAGCAACAGGUACGCAGGGCGGCUCCGUCGUCAAGGCACUUCUCAAUUUAGACUGGAAAGUCAUCGCCAUUACUCGUAACGCAGUCAGUGACGCAGCCAAGGCCCUGACAGCGGCGGGUGCUGAGGUGAUGACGGCGAACUUUGAAGACGAGGCGUCGCUAGUUACGGCUUAUGAGGACGUAGAUGCCAUUUUCUUGGUCACUAACUUCUGGGGGCACCUGCUUGCAGGCAAGAGCGCAUCCCAGUCGGGCGAGGCAGAGUUCAAGGAAGCGAUGGCUGUCGUCAAGAUUGCGGAUAAGCUGUCUUCACUGAAGCACCUCAUAUGGAGCACUGUGCCUGGCAAUGCUGAGGGUCAACGCAAACGCACCGCCGUGCCACAUUUUGACUAUAAGGCCCAAGUCGACGCCACCAUCCGCAAUGAAUACCCAAGCCUCGCGGCCAAAACUACCUUCCUCUACGUCGGCUACUACGCCAACAACCUAUCCGAUGGUCCCAUGGUCAAGCCCUUCACCACACCGGGCUCGUUUGGCUCGUAUGUGUGGUUGAUGCCCGUGCCGCGCACCGUGAUGCUCCCCAUGGCCGGCGAUACCGCAGUCAAUGUGGGUGUUUUCACAAAGGCCAUCCUCAUGCAGCCGGAGAAGACAAAAGGCAAGUAUGUGGGCUGCAUCGUCGAAACCAUGACCCAAGAAAAGCUGCUUCAGUGCUGGAGCGCGGCGACGGGCAAGAACGUGGCAUAUUUGCAGGUAGACGCCGGUGACUGGAUCAAGGCGUUUGGGCCGCCAGGCGAGGAGACGUAUCUGAACUUGAAGGCAUUCGAGGAAAACGAGAGCUGGUAUAUGGACAACAACCCGCUUCUAGCCAAGGACUUGGGGAUUGAGAGCGAGAUUGUAGAUACGCAGGCGUUUCUUGAGAUGUCUGGGGAGAGGCUGCUAUAG